AUGCCCAAGACAGAGCCUGCGAGUUCAUGCAAAUUGGAGCUACACCAAAAGAAACUUAAUAGGAAGCUUGUUCAUAUAAGCAUUGGACUAGUUUUCAUGCUUUGCUGGCCUCUGUUCAGUUCUGGUCAUCAAGCAGCAGUUCUAGCCGCUCUUAUCCCUGGGAUUAAUAUAGUUAAGAUGCUUCUUUUGGGACUAGGAAUAUGGAAAGAUGAGGGCACUGUCAAGUCAAUGAGCAGAUUCGGAGACUACAGGGAGCUUCUCAAGGGACCUCUAUACUAUGCUUCCACAAUCACUUUGGCCUGUGUAAUCUAUUGGAGAACUUCCCCUAUUGCAAUUGCAGCAAUUUGCAACCUCUGUGCUGGAGAUGGUUUAGCUGACAUUGUGGGAAGGCGGUUUGGAAGCAAGAAACUCCCCUACAACAGAAACAAAUCCAUUGCAGGUAGUCUUGCGAUGGCAGCGGCUGGUUUCAUUUCUUCUGUCGGGUAUAUGCACUAUUUCUCCUCAUUUGGGUACGUUGAUGAAAGUUGGGAAAUGGUUUUGGGUUUCUUGGUUGUGUCUCUUGCCUCAGCACUGGUAGAAUCCCAUCCACUGAGUACUGAGAUUGAUGACAAUCUCACAGUUCCCCUUACUACUCUGUUGGUGGGUUAUUUUGUUUUCUAA